AUGGCGCAGCUGGGCGUGAAGCGCGGCGAGCUGGCGCUCUUCGACGCCGAGGGGCGCCCGGCCUCAGCGGCGCUGGUCCAGUCCACCGACAAGCGCGUGCAGGUGCUGCGCGGCGGACUGCGCCAUGUGCUGCUGCCUCUGGGUCUCACGCUGCUGCGGAGCGCCGGCGUCAGGCGCGGCAACGCCUUCGUCCUCGUGCUGGACAAUGACCGCACGAGCGUCGCGUGCAUGCUGGCGGCCAUGCAGCUGCAGUGCGCCUGCGCGGCCGUGAGCAGGAGCCGCGCGGCGCUGCUGGACCAUGUCAAGGCCCACACGGGCAUCUCCAAAGUGCUCACAGUGGACGACGCGGCCACUUCCGUGGACGUGCAGGACGACGCCAACCCCCAAGCGGACGCGGACUCGACAACCAUCCCAUGGCUGGAGGACGAGGAGAUCGCCAAGGGCGGAUGCGUCUGCAUGCUCACGUCGGGAAGUGUCGGCGAGCCCAAAGUGGUUCCGUGCACGUGGGAGCACAUGCUGCGGCAGGGCGAAUCCACGCACCAGCAGCUUUUCCCCAACGGCCCGGCUCGUAUUAUUUGCGGGACGUCCAUCUCGCACGCCUACUCCAUCAACACCAUCUUCGCGCUCUUCACGUCGCCGUUCGAUGCACAAUCGGAACUCUGCUUCGCCUCCAGUGCCGUGGGGCUGUACUCGCUGCUUGCGCAGCGUAGUGAGCUGUUCACGGCGCUGUACGCGACCCCUGGGACAUACACCGCACUCGCCGCGAUGCCGCCGACUGCGCUGUAUGCUGAUGUCCCCUACUGCGCGGGCACGCGUCUCUCGUUAUCGCUGUUCCGCAAAAUGCGCGACGAGUACGGGCUGAAGCUGAUGCAGAACUAUGGCUCGACGGAGAUGGGUGACAUGACGGCUUGGUAUCUGCACGGGAAACGGUUUGGCGAUGAGCUGAAGGAAAUGGAGAGCAAUGACAAGCAGCUCUAUGUCGGCAGCGUGUGGCCGGGGGUGGAGGCACGUACGGAACCAAACGGCGAGGUAACCAUUACGACCCCGUGGCAGUCGGCUGGAUACGUAAAGGAGCACGUGCUGCAUCGUCUCAAUGGAUCACACCAUACAUCGGAUUUUGGCGCCAUCACUCAGGACGCCGAUGGGGUUAGCUGUGUUUGGCUUCAGGGACGUCUCCGUCCGCCCGUCGAGGUGGAAUGGCAAGACCAGCGCACGUCGUACACGACAAAUGAGAUUGAAGCGGUGAUUGCUGCGCACCCUGGCGUAUCUGACGUUCUCGUGCUUAUCCAGGGCGAGACAUAUCGCAAGCAAGGUAUUGUCCGAGCUCGAGUUGUUUUGGAAGAAGGUGCUGCUGUUGAUGCGACGGACCUGAAGCAGUGGUGCGUCGAUCACGACAUGCCAGCCCUUCGUGAAGCCUUGGCCAUCGAGCUGGCAAAGUUCUUACCCUGCAGCCCAGCUGGAAAGCUCAUGUACGCCUGA